CCCCCCUCUUGCUCCCUCUCCAGCCGGAAAAUGAAGCAACACUCCGGCUGGAUGUUUUUCUCCAGCUUUGGGAGGAGACGGGUCUCUUGAACCCGCCACCCACCCGCAGCUCUUUGGCCUAAAUCGCUUCUGCGCCAUUCUCCCCAACUUGGAUCCGGAGCGCCUCUCCCCGCACUAACCGCCGGGAGCCCCAGAUUAUCUACUGGGGGGGGGGGGGCUCCAGCCGGGGGGGGGCGGGGGAAUGAUGUCCCAUGACACGAGCGAGAGGCCCCCCAACCCGGAGCCGCCCCCCGCCACGGUCUACGUCCUCGUGGAAGACCCGCGAUCCACGGACGGGGUCCAGCUGCUCAGCUUCAACUCCCUCCUUCCUGAGUCUGGGAUCGUAGCUGACAUUGACCUGGAGAAUAUCCUCUCGCUGAGCAGUGACAGCUUCUACGAACUGAAGAGCCAGCCCAUUGGAGUCAGCCCUCCGAGUGCCCCAGCUCAGGGUCCCGCCAUGUCGUCCCGCGUGCUUCUCCGGCAGCAGCUGAUGCGGGCGCAGACGCAAGAACAAGAGCGCCGGGAGCAGCAGCAGGCGGCGCAGUUCACUCCGGCGCCCCCUGCGCCUUCCACGCCUGCCAUUUCCAUGAGCCCCCUCGCUCGCCCUGCCCCUGCCCAGGUUCCUGUGGAGGUACUGAAGGUCCAGACCCACCUGGAGAACCCCACCAAGUAUCACAUCCAACAGGCGCAGAGGCAGCAGGUGAAGCAGUACCUCUCCACUGCCAUGGGCAGCAAGAUGGCAACGCAGACUGUAGCUGGGACAAGCCCGGGGGCCCCCACCUGCUCCCCACAGGCUGCCUCUGCUCCUGAGCCCCAACAUGGUUUGGCUAAGCAGCCGGGAGUGGCGGGGGGCCCUGGCAGUGCCCCCAACAGCCCCAUGGCUAUGCUGAACAUUGGCUCCAGUUCUGAGAAAGAGAUUGACGAUGUCAUUGAUGAAAUCAUCAGCCUGGAAUCCAGCUACAAUGAUGAAAUCCUUAACUACGGAGGCCUACAGAUGCCCAGCACUCUGCCAGUCUCUGGAAACCUCCUGGAUGUGUACAACAACCCAGGAAUGAUGGAGCCAGCUGUGACAGUGAGCAACUCCUGCCCAGCUGACCUGCCCAAUAUCAAGAGAGAGAUGUCAGAAAAUGAAGCUAAAGCAUUCCUGAAGGAAAGGCAGAAGAAAGACAACCAUAAUCUGAUUGAGCGGCGGCGGCGGUUCAAUAUCAACGACCGUAUCAAAGAGCUGGGGACUCUCAUCCCCAAAUCGAAUGAUCCGGAGAUGCGCUGGAACAAAGGAACCAUCCUCAAAGCCUCGGUGGAUUACAUCCGGAAGCUGCAGAAAGAGCAGCAGCACUCGAAAGAGAUGGAACUCAGGCAGCGCAAGUUGGAACAGGCCAAUCGCAGCCUGCAGCUGCGAGUUCAGGAGCUGGAACUCCAGGUGCAGAUGCAUGGGCUGCCCUUGACUUCCACACAGGGGCUUCUGACUCAGCCCUUGGGAGGAGACCCAAUUCCUUCCUUUGCAGAGUCCCUGGAUCUGCCCUUCACAGCAGAGGAACUGGGGCUGGGCCUUGCUCUGGGAUCCGACGGGGGAGCCCUGCAGGAUGUUCUCAUGGACGAUGGGACCGCUCUGUCCCCACUGGGUGCCUCUGAUCCGCUCCUCUCCUCCGUCUCCCUGGCGCCUCUAAGGGCAGCAGCCGCCGUUCCAGUUUCAGCAUGGAAGAUGAUUCGUGAUGGCAGCGCUUGGGACUUUUUGGCAAUGGAAGAGGAGCUGGAGAAGGCUCCCACCCUUAAUCAUCGUGCCCUGCUCCUGCUCUUGACUAUUCCUCUCCCUCAAAUCUCGGAGGCUUCUUCCCUCUGCUGCUAUAGGCUGUGCCCCUUCCUUUCCCCGACAUUGCAUAUUUUGGAGAGCUUGACCUGCUGCCUCUUUAGCAAGAGGGUCAUGGAAAAGAGGGCUUGCAGAGCCAUAUACCGUAGUACCAAGCCUCCCCUGGAGCAGGAGAAAUAGGGUAUCCCAUCACAAAGUGAGGGGCCCUAAGCCUUCUAGACCCAAGCUUCAGAAACUCUGGGAAUAGUGGAUUUUUGCGUUUCCCUAAACCUGCCAUUUUAAACGUUAGUAGAGCGUUUCUUUAACACUGUGUGAGGAGUGUAUAGCCACAAACCUCAGUUCAUCCACUCCAACCCCCAGUUUGCAUUCUUGCGCCUUUGCUGUACUGUAUAUAAUUUGGGGAAAUUAAGGUGGGAGAGGAGGAGAAAGUGGCCUCCUUGCUUUUGCGUAAUUUAGAGGCACUCUCCCCUUUAAAAAAAAAGUUAGGCUUAUUUUAUAUAGUUAUCAGACAUUUUUUAUUUGUAACUCUCAUCCUUACUUGUUUAAGUCGGCAGAUUCAAUGUUUUAUCAAAACUACCGCUUUUAAUUUUUUUUAAAAAAAUUCCGUCGUCUCUUUCCUUCAGUUCUGACCUGGCCACAGAAAAACUUGAUUUUUGUCCCUUGUGACUUCUUUGUGGGCAAAGAAAGGGAGUGGGGUGCAGAGGCAGAAAAAAUCGUGAAAUAAUGUUCUUGCUCAUGUGGUUGCAUUUAAUUGUCACCCCUGUUUGUUUGGGUUUUUUUUAAUAUAAAUGGAGCUAUAAUCAAGUUUUUUUAUAUACUCAAAAACUUUUUGCAUACCAAAUGGACAUUAGGAGAAACAGAGAGCAAAUGAGACUGUACUGUUUAUUGAAUCCACUAGUUGUUGUUUUU